CCCCUUUAAUAAACCUGUGUGUGUGUGUGUGUGUGUGUGUGUGUGUGUGUGUGUGUGUGUGUGUGUGUGUGUGUGUGUGUGUGUGUGUGUGUGUGUGUGUGUGUGUGUGUGUGUGUGUGUGUGUGUGUGUGUGUGUGUGGGGUAUUGAUUCAUGUCUUGUGGUCGUGCAGAUGUCUUCCUGUCCCGUCGUCCUUGUCGUCCUCGUCGUCAUGGUUACAUCUCUCAGUCUCUCUGUUGAAACCUUCAGAUGUCCCGGCGUGUGCAGCUGUGAUCGCUCCAAACUCUCCGUCUCCUGCGUCAGGAAGAACCUGACCCAGGUCCCCCCGACUCUGGACCAGAUUUCUCUGAACCUGGACCUGAAGAACAACCAGCUGCAGGUGUUAACCCGGGGGGCGUUCACUCACACACCUUACCUUACACACCUCAACCUGCAGCGCUGUGACAUCACCCAGGUGAAGGAGGGGGCGUUCAGGAGCCUGGGGCGGCUGGUGUCUCUGAACCUCGCCUACAACAACAUCAACAUCCUGUACCAGGAGUCCUUUGACGGUCUCUCCUCCCUGAAGGAUUUGUAUCUGGAUCAUAAUCGUAUCGAGGAGAUCCGACCCGGAGCGUUCACUCAGCUCGGCCUCCUCAACAUGUUGGAGCUGACGCACAACCAGCUGGUUUACCUCCCCAACAUGGUGUUCCAGGGUCUGAACAGCAUCAAGUGGCUCCGUCUGAGUUCUAACUCAGUGAAUAAUUUGUCUCCUGAGUCGUUCACUGGUCUCUUCGCUCUGAGUCGUCUCUCCCUCGACCACAACGAGCUGCAGUUCUUUCCCACUCAAACGAUGAACAGACUCCGUGAGCUUGCCCGUCUGGACCUGAGCUAUAACCCCAUGACCUACCUGGGGGAGGAGUCUGUCUCCAUGGCGAAGCUGACUCACCUUUACCUGGACCACAUGUCUCUUCAGGACCUGUCUGAGCACGCUCUGUCCGGGACCCCUCACCUGUCUCACCUGGACCUGAGCUUCAACCAGCUGCGUCACCUGGAGCCCCUCAAAGGCCCCACAGAGCUCCGCAGUCUCAACCUGACAGGAAACCCCGCCCACUGUGACUGUCACCUGCGGCCCCUCAGGGAGUGGGGGAGGCGCUCAGGUGUGAAGCUGCUGGGGGCGUGUGCAGGACCUCCUCACCUGUCUGAUGAACCUCUGCAGGCCGUCCACCCUUCAAAUCUACGAUGUCACAGCGGGGGGGAGGCGCUGCAGGGCGAGUUAGAGGGGGAGAGGGAGAGCACAGGAAACGCAUCACCAACAGAAAAACCCAAAAAGAGCGCCAGGUGUCCGGUUACCUGUGACUGUGACACUGAUGCUCAGCACGCCACCUGUGAGGCUCGAGCGCUCUCCACAGUCCCUCGCGGUUUCCCCUCCAAUACUCGCCUGCUCGACCUGCGUGCUAACAGCUUCCACUUCCUGCCCACUGCCAGCUUCCCGCGGAGCAGCCAGGUGGUUUCUCUUCACCUGGAGCUCUGCAGAAUCCAGGAGAUCGAGGGCGGAGCCUUCAGAGGGAUGAAGCAGCUCACAUACCUGUACCUGUCUCACAACCUGAUCACCUGUCUGCACCCUCACACCUUCACUGGAACACCUGAACUCACAUACCUGCACCUGGACGGGAACGCACUGACACAGUUUCCUGGAACAGCUCUGAAGCUCUUACCUGCUCUGUUCGUGUUACACCUGGAGAGAAACAUAAUUUCUCACCUGGAGCCAGCUGCUCUGCUGUCUUCAGUCACACCUGCACUCAGAGAACUUUACCUGACCAAUAACACCAUCAGCUCCAUCUCUCAGGGAGCUCUGGACUCAGCUCACCUGGCUGUAUUACACCUGGACUCCAACCAGCUGACAGAGGUCCCCACACAGGCUCUGUGUGAGGCCGCUCAGCUGGAAGAGCUCAACCUGUCCUACAAUACAGUUGCCCAGGUGGGACCAGACGCCUUCCUGCCCAUCUCCCAGAGUCUGAGGAGGCUUCACCUGGAUCACAUGGGCCUGGAGAAGGUCUCUGUGGUCGCUCUGGGUCCUGCUCUGAGGACUCUGACUCUAAGAGGAAACCUGCUGCAGGAGGUCCCUGACCUGAGCCCCCUGUCCCACCUGGAGGAGGUGGACCUGCAGGAGAACCCUCUGACCUGUGACUGCUCCCUGCUACACCUGCGCAGGUGGUUGGAGAAGGUGAGCUCUGAGGGGGCCGCUACCUGUGCUCACCCUCCUGAGGUCAGAGGUCAGACGGUCAGGGAGGUGGAUGUCUUCCAGUCAUGUCCUGAAAUCGUCUCUCCUCCAGACCAGUCGGAGAUUUCAUCCUCUGGACUUUUCAAAAUGAAGAAACCCAAACUGAGCGUGUCAAAGGAGCCUGCAGUCAAAACAAAGGGCAAAACUAACCCAACAAAACCAACGAAGAAGAAAAAGAAACCUGCAGCAGCAAAAAACAAGAAGCCUCAGUGACACAUAAGGAAGUCCAUCUUUACCACCUGAGCAUAAAGUGAAUACACAACAUCAGUGUGAAGAAUCUCACCAGGUGUCUGAAACGUUUGAUUAUUAAAAAAAAGAAAUGAUCCAACGUCAUGUGUCUAGGAGUUUUAUUUUUGUUGCCGUGGUAACAACCAGGUAUCCAUAUC